UUGGUUCAAUCGAUGUGGCAGCUACGAUACCUAACGCCAAGAAGUUCAACGCCACGAAGUAAGCCAUCUUGUUGAUUGUCUUCGUUCUUCUCUCGUAAAUAUCGGAACUUCGAAGCCAGAGGAGAACGAUAUCGGAACCUUUUGAUCUACUUGCUAAAGAGAAUGGCUUUGAAUGGCGGAGCUCCACCACGAGGAAGUGCAGCUGCAGCGGCAGCCAACUUACGAAGGAGGAGGACCGGAGGCGCCACCGGAAGUUCAGCUGCAGGUGGAACUGCCGGAAACAUGCUGCAGUUUUACACAGAUGAUGCACCUGGAUUGAAGAUAUCCCCAAAUGUUGUGCUUGUGAUGAGCAUUGGGUUCAUUGCUUUUGUUGCUGUUCUUCAUGUCAUGGGUAAGCUCUACUUUGUUCGUAAGGAGUAGGCUUAAGAAAAAGAGAGUAUCAUGUAGUCCAAAGAUAAAGUUGAUGACUAGUUUUGAUUUUCUUUAUAGUUUGUACUUUUUUGUUGGAUUAUAUGGCAGAGAUUUUAUUUCGUUUGA